AUGCUUUGUAUUUGCGUGUACGAGGUAUUUGAUCAACUAGUUUUAGCUUCGAGAUUAAUGGACUUUCUAUUUGAUUGGAUCGAAAGGCUUUUAGAAGUGCAAGAGGCCUGGACCCUUUUGGAAGAAGAGGAGGAGGAGAGAAGAAGAUUUGGGGAUUUUUUUGGUGGGGGAUUGUGGUGUGGUGGAGAUGGAUAUGGAGAUGGCUUGAGAAUAAUUAGAGGAAGACUCCGGAGAAAACGUGUCGUUGCUGCCAUGGCUUACGUCGAAAGAGGUGUUGUCAAAUCUAAGAGAUCAAUAUGGCGAUUACGGACAAUAACGGAUUUCUUCUGGGCCAUUGUUAACUUCAUUGGCGUGUUCUUCACAACAAUGUUUUCAAUGGAAAAAUCUGAUGCUUACAGGAAAGUAUCAGGCACCAGCAAGAAAUGGGAUGGUGGUGGCCCAGGAGGUCCUGGAGGCGGUCCAUACGGUAGUGGUCCACGUGGGCCACCCCGUGGAAUAGACAAUGUUAGUGGGAUUGACCACAAUUCUCUUCCUGCCUGUGGCUCUUGUUGUGGAUGA